AUGCCCCCAAAGAGCCUGCUGGAGUGCAAGGGGGUGUCUCAAUCUGCUGGAUGUCAGGAGGUGUUAUUCAAAGAGCUCUUCUGGACGUGCAAGAGAUGUCUACACAGGAUGCUUAGUGGGAAGCUGUCUGUUAUUAUUCUAGAUGUUCACAAAACCUUGGAAGAAACAAUGACCCAGAGGAACCAGAACCGAUUUUAUGGAUUCCUGUGUGCCUAUUUCACCUCCAUGUACGGCCACAGCCCGGGCCUUUAUAGAAACAUGAUGGUGAAGGAGGUGGAGGAGGUCCAACGCGGCCUGUCUGGGACCUUCUAUAACCGUACACCUGAACGUGGCCCAGUGGGGCCUGUCUGGGACCUGUCUGAUCAACGUGGGAAACGCAAAACAAAUGCAAACCAGGAUCCAGAUGUCCCUGACCGAAGAGGAGUACUCUUGGUUUUCAGACUUCCUGAAAUUAAUGCACUGCCUCCCAGGGGAAAGAAAGCCCAGUACUUCUUUUUCAAUUCCACCAACACUGAGAUCAAGAACCUGCCCGUCUACCUGAGGGAGGCGUGGAAGGAGAUGGGCCUGCCUGGAAGCCCGACCUUCACUGACCUGCGGACUUCCAUCUUCAGUCAUGUCAAAAACGUUCUCCCGAAUGCCGACGGGGAAACGUUGGCCGACUUCGUGCGCCACGACAGCCGGAUGGAAGCCAAACGUUACGCGGUGAAUCCUUCCAAAGCUGGUGAAACCAGCGCCUUCCGUGAGACGCCGUUGAAGGGGAGAAGGUACCGCACCGCGGGCGCCGCAGAGAACCAGCCAUCCACCUCCAGAAAGCAGAAGACGAGAGAGAGGAAGUCUCCGAGCGGAGCACCACCCCUGAAGAGACCGAGGUGCAGUACUAGGAGUCUGGCACGUCCCCCGGGGAGGAGCAGCAGGAACGGACAAACUCUAGGAAAAUAAGAUAUUCAGAGACAACGCAGAUCAGAUUACACUUGUACACCGUUUAACACUCAAGAACAAACAGAUACUCGGGCGUGGUGGUCUCCUCCAACUGAAGGGCAUGGUGGUCUCCUCCAACUGAAGGGCAUGGUGGUCUCCUCCAACUGAAGGGCAUGGUGGUCUCCUCCAACUGAAGGGCAUGGUGGUCUCCUCCAACUGAAGGGCAUGGUGGUCUCCUCCAACUGAAUGGCAUGGUGGUCUCCUCCAACUGAAGGGCAUGGUGGUCUCCUCCAACUG